AUGACGGAUAACGAUGCCGCCCUUGCAGCCGAACUUCAAGCUCAAUUCGAUCGCCAAGAUGUAGGAUUUGCUGUUGAGCCCAUUACGACAUGUCCACACGUUCCUACUCCCAUUUCGACACACGUGUUUCUGGAUCAGGCCUGUGGUGCUUGCCAGGAGCCUCACGAGAAUUGGCAGUGUCUUACCUGCGAUACGGUGCUUUGUUCACGCUAUCGAAACGGUCAUAUGGUGGAUCAUUUUGAACAAGCCAAGGAUCAUGCUGUCUGUUUGAGCUAUAGCGACUUGUCGAUUUGGUGCUUCCAAUGCGAAAGUUAUAUUGCCAACGAGAGAUUGCAAGGUAUCAAAGAAGUCGCUUAUAUUGCAAAGUUCGGAGAGGCGCCUCCUAAUCAAUCGACAAUCAAGAUAGUGGAUGGUGCGAGUGGUAGUGGUAGUGGUAGUGGUGCUGGUAGUAGCUCUGCAUAA